AUGCGCCGCCGCCCACGGGAUGUGGUCAUUCAUGAAAUAGCUAGAGCUCGAGCCAGCGCUCAGUUUCCUUCCAAAGUAGUAUACGAUUUGGACUCUUUGGCCGUCGAUGAAAAAACAAGCAGAGCACCCACCCAUCUUCUUUCGUGCAGCGAUCGGAAAAGAGUUGGUCACAUUGACCCAGAUGUCGAUCAUCUUGUAUUCGAGAGCCGCUUCGAAUGUGGAAACCUUCGCAGAGCGACGCAGACUGGUCCAAAUCACUACGAGCUGAUUUUAUCGCCGGACAUCAAUCAACGAAAAGAACACUAUCAAUGGUUUUAUUUUGAAGUUUCUAAUAUUGUAAAUAACGUUGUGUACAGCUUUGAAGUAAUUAAUUGCUUGAAGGCGACCUCGAUGUACAGUAAAGGCAUGCAACCUGUGAUGUAUUCUGUUCGGGACGCCCUUAAUGGUCGUGGUGCAUGGGUUCGCGCUGGUGAUUCCGUGUGUUAUUAUCGUAACCUGUAUACUGUCGACGAUGAUGGAGAGAUGGAAGAAAGCAGAACCAGAAAACGGGGUUUUUACUCGAUUCGCUUUAAUGUGACGUUCCGCAACAAGGGUGAUAUUUGCUACUUUGCGUAUCAUUUCCCAUACACGUUCUCUUUCUUGAAGGCAACGAUUUCGAGAUGUUUGUCCUUAGUCCCCACUGGAGUGUACUACUCGAAUGAUGUUAUUGGAGAGUCUUUGGGAGGCAAUUCUGUUAAUUUACUAACCGUCACGGCUAAAUGCUCCGCUACUGAAAUAUCCAAGAAGCAAAUCGUAUUUCUGAGCUCUCGAGUGCAUCCCGGUGAAAGCAAUGCAAGCUGGAUGAUGCAUGGUAUUCUCGAAUCUUUACUCACUUCUAUGGAUCCUCUUACUGAUGAACUUCGGACACGGUUCAUAUUCAAGUUGGUGCCAAUGCUGAACCCUGACGGAGUCAUCAAUGGUAGUCAUCGUUGUUCGCUUUCUGGAGUCGACUUGAACAGGGUUUGGGACAAACCGAGUCGCCAUGUACAUCCGGAAAUUUACCACACUAAAGCGGUUAUUCAGUACAUGUGUGAUAUUUUGAAAACUCCACCAUCGGUUUUUGUGGAUCUCCAUGGUCAUUCACGUAGAGCAAAUGUGUUCAUGUUCGGGAACAAUCCAGAAGAAUCAUGGAGAGCUGACGACAAAGUGCUGCCGCAUAAUUACGAAUUUAUGGCAUUACCGGAAGUGCUAGAGCAGAACUCGCCGGCUUUUUCGUCCGAUCUAUGCCAAUUUGGUAUUACCAGAGGAAAAGAGUCCUCUGCAAGGGUGACAGUUUGGAGACAAUUCGGUGUCACUAGGGCGUACACGAUGGAGUCGACAUUCUCAGGAUUUGAGACGGGUGCCUAUAAAGGAUUCCAGAUUGGAACGAAAGACCUUAAAGAUGUUGGCCGUGAAUUGCUUCUUGGAAUUCUGAGCAUCUUCAAAACGGGUUGUCAGCCGAAGAAACCGCUCAGAAGUAGUCCCAAAAAGAAAGCAAGCUCAUUUGAAAGCGCCAGCACGUCCGUAGCAAAAGCCUAA